AUGUUCGAAUAUGGUGAAAAACACCAUUAUAUUCCAGCAUUUAAGAAAUCCAAGAAGAGUAUUGUUUCCUACUAUCAUACUCCUGUAUUAAACCCGAAGGAAGAUCGGAGAACAGAAUUAGAGAUGCACGAAUAUCCAGAAAUAUUGGAUUCCAGGUAUCAAAGAUUAAUUGAUCAGCUUGAAGAGCUCUUAUCCUUUCAUAUCUUUAGAGGAGUCUAUAACCGGAGUGAUGAUUACAUAAUUCCUAGUAAUGAAUCGAGUAUCAAAUUUGUUGACGCCACUGGAUUUGAUAUUGCAUUGCGCACUAUCUUGUUCGCUCCCUGGGCGUGUUUUCCAGGUUAUUUUUUCGAAAGACAAAUUAACAAUUUAGGAUUUCACUUGGAAGAAACUAUCAAAGAUAAUGAAAUACGUUUCUCCGAUACUGAUCAGAGCGUCUAUAUUCCGUUAGGAUCGUUUGAUGAAGCCUCAAAUUCCCUAAAUUUUCACAAGUGUGUUCUCAACAGCAUUUGCCGUGUUAUUAGAGCAUUAUUUCCUACCUUCAAUGUUGAACGUCGGUGUAAUGAUUUUGUAUAUAGAAGUGGCCCAAAUUCAAUACCAGUGUUUCCAAUAAAAAUGGCUAGCCCCAAUAUAUCCCAAGUACAUUUAUUGGCACUGUGUGGAUUUGUUGGAAUAAGCAAAGAAGAAUUGAAAAAGAUUGGAAACCAGCAGAUUCCAAAGAUUGAAAAAGAUCAAAGACCACGGCCUGCCACUAGUGCAUGGGAAUCAACGAAUAUUGUUUGUGCUCCGGAAUACUUGAGUAUUUUGGAAGCAGAUGAAGGGAAAGUUUUUUGCAUGAAGAAGUUAGAAUUCAUUGGCUGUAUUGACGCUAAGUAG